GAGAUGGUGUUCCAAGCACAUGCGCGUGCAACCUAAAAUCUGAUGCUCAGGCAGUUUCAGAUAAAGGAAUGGAUUCUUCUGGAAAUGAUUCUGCAGAUGUUGGUGAAGAGGACAGCUUCUUGGGUCAGACUUCUGCCAGCCCCAAUCCACCACAGACUUUCAACUAUUUCUCUCAAGUCCCUAGUAGCAGUGAUCCAUUUGGAAGUAUUGGGCAGCCACCUUUGACAACUGCUGCACCACCUGUUGGAGCACCAGCCUUCUCCAGGCCUCCAACUUCACUUCCACUUGCGACUGGGUCACAGGAUGGUCAAAAUGUCUUUUCACCGCAUAUUCCCAAGUCGCAGUCCUCUUACGGUGCACCACCUACUUCACAGGUGGGAAUCGCGGCUUAUCAGACUCCUCAGCAGAGCUGUCCCCCACCUGCCAAUGCGUCCACUGUUCCCCAAGGAACAUCUCAACAAGGGUAUAACCCUUACCGGCACACCACCCUGAGCAGCAGAGCCAACCCAUAUCUUACUCCGCCACAGCUGCAGCAGAGUCAUGUACCUGCUCACCCACCAUCCUCUGUGCCAUCUGUCCAGAUGUAUCAGACACCUCCAGGGUCAUUGACACAGUUUCCACAGUCUCAGUCGCAGCUCCAAGCUCCGAGGCCUGCAGGUCCACUGGUACAGGCACCUCCGGUUUUGCUGCAGAACCAAUAUGAGCCCGUUCAGCCACACUGGUUCUACUGUAAGGAGGUGGAGGACAAGCAAGUGUGGAUGCCGUUCAGCAUUCUGGAUUCUGCAAAACUAGAGGAAGUCUAUAAUUCCGUCCAGCCUGAUCCUGAGAGUGUGGUUCUGAGCACUGACGGGGGACGCUACGAUGUGUACCUGUAUGACAGAAUGAGGAAAGCUGUUUACUGGGAAGAAGAGCCUUCUGAAGUGAGACGAUGCUUGUGGUUUUAUAAGGGAGACAAGGAUAGCCGGUUUAUUCCUUACACUGAGGACUUUAGUGAUAAGCUAGAGGCAGAGUAUAAAAGGGCCGUAACUACAAAUCAAUGGCAUCGGCGACUUGAAUUCCCAAAUGGGGAGACGAUUGUUAUGCAUAAUCCCAAGGUCAUAGUUCAGUUCCAGCCUUCUGUUGCACCAGAUGAAUGGGGCACCACUCAAGAUGGUCAGGCAAGACCAAGGGUAGUAAAACGUGGAACUGAUGAUGACCAUGAUGAAAUUCCUGAUGGAGAAAUGUCCCAAAUUGACCAUCUGGUAUUUAUGGUUCAUGGCAUAGGUCCUGUAUGCGACUUGAGGUUUAGAAGCAUUGUUGAAUGUGUUGAUGAUUUUAGGACUGUUUCUCUGAAGUUGUUGCAGACCCAUUUUAAGAAAUCUUUAGAGGAACGUAAAGUGAGCAGGGUGGAGUUCCUCCCGGUUCACUGGCAUAGUUCUCUGCACGGAGAUGCGACAGGUGUGGACAGGAACAUAAAAAAAAUCACUUUGCCGAGCAUCGGACGCCUGCGCCACUUCACCAAUGAAACCCUGCUGGACAUCCUGUUUUACAACAGCCCCACCUACUGUCAGACGAUUGUGGACAAGGUGGGGCUGGAAAUGAAUCGUCUGUUCGCCCUUUUCAUGAGUCGCAACCCGGACUUCAGAGGAGGGGUCUCUGUGGCUGGGCACAGCUUAGGUUCCUUAAUUCUAUUUGACAUACUGUCUAACCAGAAGGACUUGGCUUCGUCAGUAAAUACUGGGCCUUUCUCUGGUGUUAAUGGGACUGUAAAGGACGUGGCUGUUCACGAUAAACAGUUGACUGAAGAUACCAGUUCCUUGGGCUCCUCAAUUACUACUUCUGGUGAUGACCUUUGUGAGCCUGAAGUAGAGGAUGAUGUUCCUACUUUGGAGAAGACUCUGGAAAUGCUUAGUUUGUCAGAGUAUGCAAGCACGUUUGAAAAGGAACGGAUUGACAUGGAGUCUCUGCUGAUGUGUACAGUUGAUGACCUGAAGGAAAUGGGAAUACCUCUUGGACCAAGAAAGAAAAUAGCUAAUUUUGUAAAAGAUAGAGCAGCCAAGCAGGAACAAAAGAAAGCAGUAGCAGAAAAGAAAGCAGUGCUGGCUGCCACUCUCCAAACUCAAGAAGAUGCCCAAAAAGCAAAAGAGGCAGUUAAUUCUGUCUCCCCUUCAGAGUCUGGUCAGCUGCACUCAAAGAGGAGACUUCCAGUUGGUGCAUCCGUUUCUUCUGUGAACAUUGACUAUGAGUAUUUUGAAGUUGGAACUGGCCAGGUUUCUGUGGUUUACAGUGCGUUGGACUUUGAACCAGACAUUUUUUUUGCUCUUGGUUCUCCUAUUGGUGUGUUCCUUACUGUGAGAGGUGUGGAGAAGAUUGAUGAAAACUACAGGCUUCCUACCUGCAAGGGAUUCUUCAAUAUCUAUCAUCCACUUGAUCCAGUAGCUUACAGGUUAGAACCAAUGAUAAUUGAAGACAUGGAUUUAAAACCAGUUCUUAUUCCACAUCAUAAAGGCAGAAAAAGACUUCAUCUGGAGUUGAAAGACUCUCUCUCUCGUAUGGGAUCUGAUCUGAAACAGGGUUUUAUUAGCUCUUUGAAGAGUGCAUGGCAGACCCUUAACGAGUUUGCACGUGCUCAUACAUCUUCAACUCAGCUACAAGCGGAACUGGAGAAAGUAGCUAACCAAAUUAAAGAGGAAGAAGAAAAGCAAGUGGUAGAAGCUGAAAAGAUCACUGAAAGUCCAGACCCUCCAAAAGAUGAAGAUUUUCUAGUGAAGGUUGGAAUGCUAAAUGGAGGACGUCGUAUUGAUUAUGUUCUACAAGAAAAACCAAUAGAAAGCUUCAAUGAAUACCUUUUUGCUUUACAGAGUCAUUUGUGCUACUGGUAA